AACCACGAGGGGCCAGCCAGGACUGGCCCAGGAGACCUUCAACACACAGUUUACCGUCGUCACGUGAGGGGAACGCACGCGCUCUCUCACCCAGAACGUCUGUAGUGUUAUUUUCCUCUUGACGCAGGAUUUUUCCAGAGAUUUCAAGAUGUGGGAACCACGCAGUUGUUGUUGCUUCAAGUUACGGACCGGAAGUCUUAUUCUUGGAUUCCUGGCCUUGAUCGGUGCUGUCAUCAACGGCCUGAGCUCCAUAAGCGUCCUGACUGGUGGAUCUCUGGAACAAUUCGUAAAGCAAAAGUGUACUGACGAGUCUUUAGAUGUUAACACCGAGUGUGAAGAGACACUGGGGAAUAUAAUGUAUCCCUGCAUGAUCACCAGCAUCGUCUUAUGUGUCAUUCAAGCCUUGAACAGCAGUCUUCUCAUCUACGGCAUUUAUAAGAACAAGACACGUUUGCUGAUUCCUUUCAUGAUAACGGUGUUGAUCCUCAUCGUUUGCAUUAUACUCAUUGCCCUGGCUCUUAUUAUACUGUUUAGUAUACAGCAACAAUGGCAGGCAAUGCUCGUCAUCGCAAUCUUUUUCGGCGUCUACAUAUUUCUGGAGACGUACUUUCUUCUGGUCAUCCGUGCAUACUAUUUGGAGGUCAAGCGUUCAAAGUCUGGAGUUAUGGUGUUGCACUAAGAAGCUUCGUUAUAAACAAGACAACCACAGCAAGUGUUAGAACAAUUGGGAAUUUGUCUGCAUGUUGUUAAAACUUUUAUACGAGAACUCUGUGGAUACAUGCAACUCCUGUACAAGUCACUGUAUUACUCUUAUAAGAGUACUCUGUGGAUACAUGCAACUCCUGUACAAGUCACUAUAUUAGUGAACAUGAAGAGAAGAUAAGAUAUAUUAAUACAGCUGCUGUCAAGUCCACUGUUGAUGCUAGUCUAAAGCUAGUAUUGGGAAUCAUUAAUAAGAAAAUAAUCAAGACAAUUCAUCGUGUCCACUCCAGCUGGAAAUAUAAUGUCUAAAACCUAACCUUGAUAUUACAUGUUACUUUACAUUUUAAGAUUGUACUUUGAAUUUUAAAUAUUAAAUUUAAGAACUGUGUUAUAUUAAAGAAGUUUUAAACUGCUUGUCAUCAGUUCUAUUAUAAAUUAGUUUAAUUUCUAAAAAGUUAUGUUGAAGUUAUAAACUGUGUUGUAUAAGUAAAGUUAAUUAUUUGAUAAAUUAUUAUGGUGAAUUAAAUAUCUUGACCUACAAUAUUAUUUACUGUAUGAAUAUAAUAAGCUUUAUCUCAGUAUUGCUCCAUGUAUGUUAUGCCUGUCUGUUACCUCAUUUACCCUUCUGAAGUAUUGUAUUAGCAUAAUCACAUUAAACUUUGUAAGUAUUGUAUUACGUGAUUGCACUAUAUAUUGUGAGUUAAUGCAUUAUGUAAUUGCACUAUAUCUUGUGAAGUAUUGCAUUAUGUGAUUGCACUAUAUCUUGUGAAUUAUUGCAUUAUGUGAUUGCACUAUAUCUUGUGAAUUAUUGCAUUAUGUGAUUGCACUAUAUCUUGUGAAGUAUUGCAUUAUGUGAUUGCACUAUAUCUUGUGAAUUAUUGCAUUAUGUGAUUGCACUAUAUCUUGUGAAGUAUUGCAUUAUGUGAUUGCACUAUAUCUUGUGAAGUAUUGCAUUAUGUGAUUGCACUAUAUCUUGUGAAUUAUUGCAUUAUGUGAUUGCACUAUAUCUUGUGAAUUAUUGCAUUAUGUGAUUGCACUAUAUCUUGUGAAGUAUUGCAUUAUGUGAUUGCACUAUAUCUUGUGAAGUAUUGCAUUAUGUGAUUGCACUAUAUCUUGUGAAUUAUUGCAUUAUGUGAUUGCACUAUAUCUUGUGAAUUAUUGCAUUAUGUGAUUGCACUAUAUCUUGUGAAUUAUUGCAUUAUGUGAUUGCACUAUAUCUUGUGAAGUAUUGCAUUAUGUGAUUGCACUAUAUCUUGUGAAUUAUUGCAUUAUGUGAUUGCACUAUAUCUUGUGAAUUAUUGCAUUAUGUGAUUGCACUAUAUCUUGUGAAGUAUUGCAUUAUGUGAUUGCACUAUAUCUUGUGAAUUAUUGCAUUAUGUGAUUGCACUAUAUCUUGUGAAUUAUUGCAUUAUGUGAUUGCACUAUAUCUUGUGAAUUAUUGCAUUAUGUGAUUGCACUAUAUCUUGUGAAGUAUUGCAUUAUGUGAUUGCACUAUAUCUUGUGAAUUAUUGCAUUAUGUGAUUGCACUAUAUCUUGUGAAGUAUUGUAUCAGAUUUGUAUGAGGGACAUAUUUGUAGUGAGCCAAACACGAGCAGCACAGAGAGCAACCCUCAGUAUUCAUAGUUAUUUUAAAACGAUUUUUAAUUAGUAAUGACAACAAAAUAAGGCACGGCAUUAGAACUCAUUUUAAGAAUGUCAAUAGAUAAUAUAAUGACAGUAAAUGCUUUUUAACUAAACUUUUAUACAAUGUAAUGACAUAAUGACAAUAAAUGCAUUUUAACUAAACUUUUAUACAAUGUAAUGACAUAUAUUGACAAUAAAUAAAUUUUAACUAAACUUUUAUACAAAGUAAUGACAUAUUGACAAUAAAUAAAUUUGAACUAAACUUUUAUACAAUGUAAUGAUAUAUAAUGACAAUAAAUACAUUUUAACUAAACUUUUACACAAUGUGCUGACAUAUAUUGACAAUAAAUACAUUUUAAGUAAACUUGUAUACAAUGUAAUGAUAUAUAAAUGACAAUAAAUGUAUUGUAUCUAAAAUUUUAAACGUCUCUGCACAAUAUUAUCUCGGAAUUUAAUCAUUUCGACCAUUAUCGAAAGUACAAAUUAAUUUCCCCAAUUUGUAAUAUAUUAUAUUUACUUCAAA